UCGAUUUUUGAUUUUCCUUCAACGUUGAAAGAGCAUCGACCAUGGCAUUUCAACAGUUUGGGCGAACUAAGAGUGUGGCCAAGAGGUCCAAGAAGUACCUGGAAGAGGCGCUUUACGUGAGGCUCUACAAGGAUGGCAGCUCUGAAUUGAGCGUUCGCCAACAGUUGAAUCAGUUCAUCAAGAGCAACAAGCGAGUCUACAAAUGGGAAGUUGGAGACACUCUCAAGAAGCUUCGCCAUCGCGAACUAUACUACCCUGCUUUCAAGAUUCACCUUCCCAAAUUCCCACUCUUUCUCUCUGACUAUGUGUCUAAAAUGAGGGGCAUGAAUAAGACAGUCAGUGAUCAAGCCAUCCAUCUUGAUUUAGUUGCCAAAGCUCAAGGUAUUGAUGCUGCUGAAAGUUACUUCAUUGAUCUUCCUGAAACAUCAAAGAACCAUCUCACCUAUGGUGCCCUCUUCAACUGUUAUUGCAAGGAAUUAAUGACUGAAAAAGCAGAAGCUCUCAUGGAAAAAAUGAAAGAACUCAAUCUUGGUUUAACUUCCAUGCAUUAUAACAGUCUUAUGACCCUUUACACAAAAAUUGAUCAGCCGGAGAAGAUUCCUGCCAUCAUUCAAGAAAUGAGGUCUGAAUAUGUCAUGCCAGAUUCUUACACGUACAAUGUGUGGAUGAGGGCUCUUGCUGCUGUUAAUGAUAUUUCUGGGGUCGAACAAGUCAUUGAGGAGAUGAAGCGGGAUGGCCGAGUUGUUGGAGAGUUUGCUGCAGAUUGGACCACAUAUAGCAAUCUGGCGUCAAUUUAUGCUGAUGCUAGCUUAUUUGAAAAGGCAGAAAAUGCACUUAAGGAAUUGGAAAAGAAAAAUGCCCAUCAAGAUCUUUCUGUAUAUCAAUUCCUGAUAACCUUGUAUGGUUGUACUGGGAACUUGCUCGAAGUUUAUCGUAUAUGGCGUUCUUUGAGGCUGGCUUUUCGUAAAACUUCGAAUAUAAGCUAUCUAAAUAUGAUUCAGGCGUUGGUUAACUUGAAAGAUUUACCAGGUGCUGAAAAAUGCUUUAGGGAAUGGGAAUCUGGGUGUUCGACAUAUGAUAUUCGGAUUGCAAAUGUUCUAAUUGGAGCUUAUGCCCAAAAGGGUUUCCUAGAAAAGGCUGAAGAGAUGAAGGAAAGGGCACGCCGUAGAGGGGCAAAGUCGAAUGCUAAAACCUGGGAGCUCUUUUUAGAUUAUCAUUUGAAAGAUGGGAAUUUUAAAUUGGCAGUUGAUUGUAUUGCCAAUGCAAUAUCCACAGGCAGAGGGAAUGGUGGCAAAUGGGUCCCAUCACUUGGGGUUAUUAAGACCAUGAUGACACAUUUUGAGCAAGAAAAAGACGUUGAUGGGGCGGAAGGUUUCCUGGAGAUAUUGAAGAAGGCUGUUGAAAAUUUGGAUGCAGAGGUGUUUGAAUCUUUGAUAAGGACGUAUGCGGCUGCAGGAAGGACAAGCACUAUGAUGCAUCGCCGAUUGAAGACGGAGAAAGUGGAGGUCAAUGAGGCAAGUAAAAAGUUGCUUGAGGCAAUAUGUGUGGAGUGAGUGAGUUUACGUCUCCUUUGUCCUUCACUUUUUCAUAAUGUGUGUUCAUGUAUUAAGGUUUUGUUGACGUGGUUUUAAAGUUCUAGUUAUUUGAUUAAUAAAAUUCUCUGCCAACAUAGUAGAUGAACACAUAAUGAUGGGAAGAAUAGUUUAUUGUUUUGACUUGUCAACUGAAAUCACAUCUGUUAUUUAUUUUGGUUAUGUUG